AUGGUGAUAGUGAAAUUGCUGAUUAUUGUAUUUUGCUAUCUAAAUAAAGCCUAACCAAGCCCUUUCUGGUGAUAAAACACAAUUCAUAAAUUGUGUAUUACGUAUUCGAAUGUUUGAAGUCAGUUUUGUGUUAUUUUUCGCUCUUUUCACGAAACUCGUCUGCACGUAAAAAACAAAUACUUUUUCUCGUGAAUUUUAAUCGGAAACCGGCUAAGAUGUGGAAAGCAUCAAUGGAUGUAACAGCUCCAGAACCAGCAGAGGCUGAUGACUGGGAAACAGAUCCUGACUUCGUGAAUGAUGUGACAGAGCAGGAACAACGCUGGGGACCUGGAGGCAGACAUGUGGAGGCUAUUGACAUGGCGAAACUCAGGGAAGAGGUUUUUGAAGCUGACAAACAUAGCAAGAAACAACAAUAUGAGGCUGGGCCUAAACCAUCUUUUGGAUAUGGUGGAAAAUUUGGUGUGCAGUCAGACAGAAUGGACAAGUCGGCAGUGGGACACGACUACGUCGGGAAGACGGAGAAACAUGUCUCGCAAAAGGAUUAUGCACAAGGUUUCGGAGGUAAAUUCGGUGUGCAGACAGACCGGAUGGACGCGAGCGCGGUGGGCCACGACUACGUGGGCAAGGUGGAGAAACACGCCUCGCAGACGGACGGCGCUAAGGGCUUCGGGGGCAAGUUCGGCGUACAGACCGACAGGGUGGACAAGAGCGCGGCCGGCUGGGAGCACAAAGAGCAGGUAGUGAAACAUUCCUCGCAGAAGGACUAUUCGGUGGGCUUCGGCGGCAAAUUCGGCGUACAGUCCGACAGACAAGACGCUUCCGCGGCCGGCUGGGACCACCACGAGGCACACCACACGCACGAGUCGCAGACAGAUUACAAAGAAGGUUUCGGCGGUAAGUUCGGCGUGCAGACAGACAGACAGGACGCGUCGGCGGUCGGCUGGGACCACCAGGAAAAGACUCCCGCGCACGCCAGCCAAGUCGAUCACAAAAAGGGUUUUGGCGGCAAAUUCGGCAUCCAAACGGACAGAGUGGACAAAUGCGCGCACCGUUUCGACGAGGUGGGGAAGGUGGGCACCAACUACACCAAGCAGCGGCCCGACAUAGGCGCUGCCAAGCCCUCCUCGAUACGGGCUAAGUUUGAGAACAUGGCCAAGGAGAAAGAACAGGAAGCACAGCAGUCAGUCCAAAGGAUAAGGCAAGAGAGACAACAGACGGACAAAAGCCUAUCAGAUAAGGAAAAGGAACGCGUGGAAAAAGAAGAAGUACCAGAGAAAGAUGAACAACAAAACCAACCGUCGCAACCGAAACAAGAAGAAAUAAACAAAUUUAACAUUCCCACGAGCACAAAUGUGAAUGCACAUGUCAACACAAUCCAAAAGACUGAAGAAAAGGUAGACGCAGUGGCCGCUACGCCAGAAGUGCCAAAGAGUCCGGUGCAAGAAGUGAAACAGAUCAUAUUACCUGACGUCACUUUGGUAGGAGAUGCUAAGGAAGAAGAGAAAGUAGAGAGCAAAGAAGCAAAGGAAGAAAUAACCCGCCAGCCCACGAUAGUGGUGUCACCCGUGGGCUGGGAGAGCGAGAUGGGUGCGGAUGCGGACGCAGAUGACGAGGACGGGUAUACUGCGCGCGCGCUCUACGACUACCAGGCCGCCGCGCCCGACGAGAUCUCCUUCGACCCCGACGACCUCAUCACCAACAUCGUCAUGAUCGACGAAGGCUGGUGGCAAGGACUAUGUAAGGGCGCAUACGGACUGUUCCCGGCGAACUACGUGCAACUGCAAGACAAAUAACUGGCUUCACACUCUACAUUCCUUAGGUAUAUGCGUGUAUAUGUGUCAAAGGCAUCGAUCAACUGAUACUAGAUACAACACUUGCUUAAAUUCAUACCCGUAUUCAAUUACUUUUUUUUUUUUUUUGGCUUGGUGGAAAAGCUUUAUUGCAACCUCCGUCCCUUGGGCAGGACGAGGUUAUUUGGGACUCCGCCCUGUAAAGGGGUAUACCCAAACUAAAAACCACCACGGCAUGUCCCCUGGCCUUGUUAGACGCCCGGGGAACCCGUUGUAUAGUUAAAGAAUCCAUGGUUUUUGCCGGGCAUAUUUGGUCUUGUUAGGGUUCCGUACCCAGUUGCGCGCACUACAUACAUGCACAAAAGCACUGCAUAACCUUAAAUGGAUAUAUAUGUCGCAUCGGAGGAGGAUGUCGGAAAUUUUAAGCAAUCUACCUGCUGUAUACAUACCCUGGUAAAUAACCUAGUGUACGCCACUAUCUGUACCCAAAGGGUAAAAUGGGACUCUAUUACUAAGACUUUGCUUUCCAUCCGUUUGUCUGUCUGUCCGUCUGUCACCGGGCUGUCUCAUGAGCGAUGACAGUAAGACAGUUGAAAUUUUCACAGAUGAUGUAUUUCUAUUGCCGCUAUAACAAGAAAUAAUAAUAAACAAUAAAAUAAAUAUUUGAGGGGGCUCUCAUACAACAGACAUGAUGUCUUUGAGUAUUCUAAGAGAUGGCGCUAUUUUAUUUGUUAGUUGAACUUGCGUACAAUGUUUUUUCAAACUAUCAUAUCCAUUAAUUUUUACUGAUAUUCAUAGCCUAAAUGCGUCUAUAUUUGCCACAACCCUAGAUCAUUUACACUAAUCAUUUCUCAAAAACCAACCAUUUUGCUUAUGUGUUACGUUUCAAUUUUCAAUGCGGAAUAUACGACAAAGUGUCAACUGUUUCAUACCCAAUGCACAAAAGUUUUAGCAAUUCUUUCUUGCCAUUUCUUUACGCGUCGAUUUUGUAUCUUAGUGUUAGUUGAUCGAUUAAUAAAUGUUAUAAUAUUUUGGACAAAAAUAUAUGUGACUGUUUCAUAAGAAAAUCAUUUGAACCUAAGUUAAUAUAAAUAACUGUUAUAAAAUUGAAUGAAAACUGUUACAUAGCCGAAUAAAUUGUAAAUAAACAUUAAAGAGAGAUUGUUACGCCGAAUAAAUUUUAAUACCGGCCAAAAAUUGUUGCAUAACCGAGUAAAUACUGGCCGAAAUAUUGUUGUGUUAGUCGAAUAGUUGUUAUUUUUUUAAAUCGAUGACGUAAUUGUGGUAAUUUAUCGCUUAAUGCGCGAUUAAUUAAAUCAUUUGUUAAAUAGUAACAUUGAUCAAGUGUAUUUAAACUAU